UUAAGGAAGGAGAAUAGGAAGGGUAAUUGUCAAGACUAUUGUCUAUCAGGCUAUAACCCGCCCUUCUUAAAAAUUUUUAUUUGCAAAAAGGAAGAGGAAGAGGAGAAUAUUCAAUGCGCAAAUCUAUUUCCUUUCCUCUCUUCACUUCAAUUUUAUUAAAUUUUAAAUUUUUUAAAAAUUUUUUUAAAGGUUUAAGUGCUUCUUUCUUCCAAUUCUCGCCUAUUGUUGAACAUUUUCUUCAAUCUUUUACUAGAAAUCAAGGUUUACCUGUAUUGGACCCCAAAACUCCUAACGCUUCUGAAACGCCUGAUUUGACUAAAGCAAGUUAUUUAAAAAUAAAAUUAUUUUAAUAAAACUUUCACUAACUAUUUUGCCGGCUUACCAAUAAUCCGGUAAGUUGCCACUGCCAAAUCAUGCAUAUAUGAGAGUUCAAAAAAUUCACUUACCUCAAGUACAGUCAGAUUCUUAUUUUACCUACAUUUUUCGAAGUUUGACAUCUCAAUUCCAUAUACAUUUUUUCCAUCCCCAAGGGUGUAUGUAAUAUCGAGACAUCUGCAAUUAUUAUCCUCAUUAAAUUUACUACUCCUCCAUC